AUGGUCAACCUCGAAAUCCCAUCCCAGUAUACAUUCUCGCCUUCUGAAGGUACACCACACCUUACGAUCAAUCGUGAUGCUACUAUCGAUCUUGAUAGCAGCAAUGCCUUUGAAGGCCCUGAGAAGUUGCUAGAGGUAUGGUUUGCUCCCUCACCAGAUACUCUUCCCGUAGGAACCAAGAAGGAUGGCCUAAAGGCGGUUUCUGGCGAGACAUGGAGGGAGAUGUUGGAUAUGGUCAAUUGCAAGGUUCUGUCGGUCGUCGAGUCCGAUCAUGUUGAUGCCUAUCUCCUCUCUGAGUCCAGCAUGUUUGUCUUCCCACACAAACUUAUCCUUAAAACAUGCGGCACUACAACUCUCCUCCUUGGUCUCCGGCGUAUGUUGAGAAUCGCCGCUGUAGAUGCUCGCUUCCCUUGUCUCAACAGCAAGUCUUUAAAGGAAGUCAAGGCUGCUGCGACGCCAUACCGAGUCUUCUACAGUCGCAAGAACUUCUUAUUUCCCGACAAGCAACAUGGACCUCACAAAAGCUGGAAGAGUGAGGUUCAAUUCUUGGAUGAUAUGUUUACUGGUGGAAGCGCUUAUAUGGUUGGCAAAAUGAACGGAGACCAUUGGUAUCUUUAUUUGACUACGCCAAACUCUGGUCUCACCCCACCCCGAACACCCGACAAUGAAAGAGUUCCAACAGAAACCAAGAUACUGAAACUUCCUCCUAGCACAGCCUAUGCUGUUGGGCAGGGCGCUAUGGGCAAUGAUGACGAGACCCUUGAAGUCCUCAUGACAGAUCUUGAGCCUGAGAAUGCUAAACAGUUCUAUCUUGAACACGCGAGUGCGGUCGCGGAGGGCAAGUAUGCAGCGAGGGCUCAUGAGGCCAGAAAGGAAGCAGCAGAUAGCUUAGGCGAGUUGAGCAGCAACGAUAUGACAGCCUCCAACUUGAGCGGAACAACAGCCGGCAGCACCGAUGAAGGCUUUGACAUAUUCAGCAACACCUCAUCCGACAACAACGGAGGUUUCACCCCAGACUCUUUGCCAGAAGAACUCAGCACCGAGGGCCAUGCUCUCGGCACAAUCGUUUCGGAAGCUUGCGGUCUCUCCGACGUCUACUCUACCACCCGAUACCCCGAUGCACGCGUCGAUGCGUACCUCUUUACACCCUGCGGCUUCUCUGCCAACGGCGUGAUUCCUGCUCCAGAUCAAGCAGGUUCCGCAACGCACUACUUCACGGUCCAUGUCACACCGGAGCCACAAUGCUCGUACGCAUCUUUCGAAACCAACGUACCAGGCCGCCAGUCUGGUCGCGACACGGUCGAGGUGAUCAAGGAAGUCGUGAACAUCUUCAAGCCCGGCCGUUUCAGCGUGACGUUGUUUGAAGCCAAGGCGAACAGCAUUGAGACUGGUGGAAAGGAGCAGUUGAAUAGUCGAUUAGGAUUAGAGAGGAGCGCGAAGAUGGAGAGGAUCAAGGGGUAUCGACGCGUAGAAAGGAUCGUGCAUGAUUUCGAUGGGUAUGAUCUUGUGUUUCGAUACUACGAGCGUGAUGAUUGGGUUGGUGGUUCGCCGAGGUUAGGAGAGGCUUAUGACUAG